CAGCCCUCCCCGGAGGGAAGGAAUGCAAAUGGUUUCUACCAUUUUACUUCAAACCUCUCAAAAGCUUUGGUGUUGCUUGAGUAGAAGAUGCAAAUAAAUGUAGAACGGGCUGAUAUGUCGCUUGAGUGUAUUGAGGUAGAUGUUAUGGUGGAACCAGAAAACAGGCUUUCCAUUUCCGAAUCUCUCUUUCAGGUUGACUUAAAGAAGUUUUUGAGCAUGGAAUCUGAUAUGGUCACAGAACUCUUAUCAAUUGCAUCAGAUAAUCCGACUACUAAAGAGGGCGCGGGAAAGCUAGAGCAGACCUCCAUGGGUGAGAAUACAGACUCAAGCGAAGAUGAGGUCAUCGUUGUUAGAAUUCCGCCAUCUGGUCAAGCUUUACUGGAUCAUCUAGCAGACCCUAAUUGGAGUUCUAUCAAGCCUAACCAUCCUAAGAAACUGCCUUUUCCUCGAAGAAGUGCCAGGUUGGCGGAAAAGCUUUCAUUAGCUACUUGAGCCUAUAUGUUUUUUUUUAUAUAUAUUUUAGAAUAUGGUUACCUUAAGAUCUCUUACUUUCUCUAGAUUUCUCCACUCAUUAACGCUUUGUAUUUUCUCUCUCUCUUGAUUUAAUAAUAAAAUCUAAUUAUUUUUGCCAAAAAA